CUCCGGCGGACCCUUCCGGACGAACGUGCGCUCGUUCCUUUCGAAGCACGCCCUGCUUCCACCGCCGUCAGCACUGUUUUCUCACCUGCUGACGUGGCAGAUCUUUUGCCGAGUCGGAGACCAGACAGACGGACCGGACUCGACGCCGUCGGUGGUCUGUCUUGACGUCGUGGAAGAGGAUGUGGCCAGAUCCAGAUCAGUCUACUGCGAUCAGUGUCGAGUUGUUGGUUGGAGUGACCACCCAGUAUGCAGGAAACGUUACCACUUUAUAAUCAAGGCCGAUGGUAGCUCUAUUGGUGGGUACCACAAGCCAUGCAUGUGCUGUGGAGAUAUCUUACGUUUGUCGGAAUCCAAGUGCAAGUCAUGCAACCAUGUGACGAUCACUGAUGAUGUUGAAGACUGGGUGUAUAACCAGUUAGAAAACACGACUCAUCUUUUACAUGGUGUUGUCCAUGCAAAUGGUUAUGGGCACCUUCUUCGGGUUAAUGGCAGGGAAGGGGGCUCGAGAUUUCUUUCAGGUUGUCAUAUCAUGAACUUUUGGGAUCGUCUCUGCAAGUCACUUGGAGCCAGAGAAAUUAGUGUAAUGGAUGUUUCAAAGAAAUAUGGGCUGGAGUACCGCCUGAUCCAUGCCAUUACAAAGGGUCAUCCCUGGUAUGGUGAUUGGGGCUACCAAUUUGGCACUGGUAGCUACGGUCUCACGCACGAAGAAUAUAUGUCUGCGGUUGAAUGCCUUUCCAAUCUACCAUUGUCCCUAUUCCUCUCUGAAGCACAGAGACCUGAUUAUCGAUUGCGGGACACAAUCUCAUAUUACCAGUCAUUGUCUGAAACUGGGCUUGUAAAUAUAAGGGAUCUCUUUUGUUUUUUGAUUGGUUUGAUUCAUGAUGCUCACAUGACAGUGUCAAGGGCUGAUGAUGUCACUUGCAAGAAGCGCCGUUGUAACGCUGCAGGAGUGUCAUGUUUCUCUUCAAUGAGUGACAUUGAACGUGUGGAGGGAGCAAUGCUCAGAGUAUUGCGUGCAGUGUCAGGAUCCAAUUGGGUGAACUGGCGUACUCUUAAGGGUGCUGUCUGCAAAGUGGCCUCUCCAGAGCUUCUUGACUAUUGUCUGGGAGAACUAGGAGGAAAAGCAAUAUUUGGUGGUAUGGUUGUCAAUACCCGAUGCAAUCCUGUUACUGGAGCUUUCGAGUACAGACUAGAGGCAGGGAACAGCUUUUCCCAUGGGACAACAGCAAGCAAUAAAUCUUUGCGUUCUAAGUAUCCAUCUGAAGUGAAUCUCCUGCACGACUUGAGAUAUUUAUACGAGUCUUUGCUUCAUCCGCAUAAGAUGUUAAGAUAUGACUCUGGGGGGACAAGGACUGCAGCAACGAGCUCUGCACAAAAACUUCUUGACUGCAAGCAUUUUGUAAAAGAUUAUAGGCCUGAGAUGUUGCCAAUGACAAGCGUGAAUAGGAUACGCCUCUCAUGUCAGGUAGUACUAGUUGAUGAAACUGAUGAAGCUUUUGCAAGUCCUCCCCCAGAAUUAAUUGUCCUGCCCCGGAAUGCCACUGUGUCCGACCUCAAGACUGAAGCAUCUAAUGCUUUUCAAGAUGUAUAUCUUGUGUUUAAGAGAUUUCAAGUGGAUGAGCUUUUUGGCUGUAGCUCUGCAGAUGAUUCCACUCCCGUCAAACUCUUGAUAGGAUCGACAGAAUUGGUUCGUGUCCAAGGAAAAUGCAUUGGGAAGAAUGUAUUGAGCAAGUUCCAAAGGGAACGUGGAAUUGAGAGGUGGACCGUCGAUUGCAGCUGUGGGGCCAAAGAUGAUGAUGGGGAGAGAAUGUUGGCGUGUGAUGUGUGUGGGGUGUGGAGGCACACUAGGUGUUCUAGUAUUCAUGAUGCAGAUCCUGUCCCUGUGAGGUUUUUAUGCCCAAGAUGCCAAAAUUUUGAGUUGAAGCCGCAUUCAAGUGGACACUGAAUAGAUGAGGCUGACUAACAUCAGUACUAACAUUAGAUGCUUUUGAAACGGCUUGCUAGUGCCAUUUAGGUGAGGCAUCGACUCAUUCUAUGCACAUAAAUGUUUUGUUUAUGUAUUUUGCAAAGGCCUGAAAUGAUGAGCCUGUAUAUAAAAAAACAGGCCUAAAAUAUGGCAUCAGGAUGGGGCUUAUCUAAUCGUUUUCACUUCUAGGUUCUACCUUCUACCUCUUGUUUAAUUUUGUAUAUUUUUGACUGACUGACAAAACUAGUGGAUACAGAAUGGAAAAAGAAAAAUCGAACCGCAAAUUUUUUUUUAUGCAAA